AAUUAUUUUCGAAUCGCGAUGCCCGACAUAGAGAGCGCGGAUAUUUCGCUUAUUAACGCGAACGGCUUUUCGUUGCCAAGAUUGCACGCAAGAAAAGCCUCGCAAGUUUCCAUGUCCAGCGUUUCCAGCACCUUUUCCGACUCCAGCGACGAUCUGAUGCCGCUUUCCAGAAGGGGGGUCGCAGGAUAAUGCCUUCAUCAAGACCGAUAUUGCGAAUUUAACAUUAAGAAGAUGUAGAUCGAUGUCCGACAGUACGAAAAAAACAAUAACCGAAGAAAAUAUCGAUUUAUUUCCGAAUUUACCAGAAGCACUUUUGGAGGAAAUGGGGUUAAGAGGUAACUCAACUAGCAGUUUUUCCGAGGAGGAGCAAGAACAGAAAUUCACGAGGCUUUCGCUGGCCUUUAGUAUAGACUCGACUUCGAUAAACGACAGAUUUGAAAGGCAAAAAAGGCAGAGAGAUCAGACAGAGCACAAUUUGAUGGUGGAGUUGGAAAAAUUGACGCACAAAAUCAACAAGAUGAAGUAUUUGUGCGUAGAUUUCGAGACUACGGAGCUAUUGACCGCGCUUUUGACCCAAGUAGACAUUGUCACAAAAGCAACAUACUUGGCGAGCAUAUCUGCCGAACGUUACGGAGCAGUCCAAUACGAAAACCGAUUAUCCGAGUCGGUAAACCUAAUGAUAGCCCACGUUAACACCCUAAAGCAACACAGGGACGCCGCCAGAAGACAACUGCAAUACACCAAAAGAGUCAUACAGGAAACAAACUACGAGGCCGAAAACAACAACAACAACAACAACGAUGAAAAAGUCAAAUCGGCCCCUAAAAACAACAUUUUGGUCGUGAAAAAUACCGUAAUAAGACGUGCCAGCAUAGCAAACAUAUCUCAAGCAACAGACAAAUUAAUGGAAAACAAAAAAAUGAAAAGGAGAAAGUCGGAUUUGUACCUAGGAACUGCCCCAGCGCCAAACAGACCCAGCAGAUUAACAGAGCUAGGUGGAGAUUUAGUCAAAAUAUCCGAAGGUGAACCGAUUUCUGACAAAAACACUGAUGAACAACUUUUAAAUGAUGACGAUCCCACUUCUGAUGAUAUAAUUUGUUUCCAAGUCAAAGAACCUGCACCUACAAAUUUAAGGCAAAAAAUUCUCUACAAAAUAAAAAACCUACAGCUAAAUAUGGAGAGAAAAUACACCCAAUGGAUAAACUACAGUUCCACAGAUAAUUAUUAUUUUGCCGCACUCAUAUGCUUUACUUUCAGUCUAAUUAUUUUAUUAAGCGUUUGGAUCGAAAUUGAAAUGACCAGAACAUUGUACAAUACUUAAAAUAA